GCUCCAAACGACAUGCGCCUCGCGAAUGGUGUCUGCGGUGCUGCAUUGGCAGGGCCAGGCUCGUCCUCGAUGGCGGAUUCGUCGAUGCUAUCGCUGCCGGCAGUGCCGUAGCUGUCUCGUCGGUUGUUGUACGAGCCGAAAGGAGACGAGUUGGGCGAUGCAGAGAGACCAAGCGUGCUGAUGGACAGUCUCCGUCGCUGAGCCGAGGCAGCUGCAUGAGCGAUUGAGCCUGGGUAGGACUGAACCGGCUGUUGACCGGUGGCAUUAGUAUUGGCCUCACUGGCAGUCCUGGACAUGCUGCCGCGGUGGCCCGAGCCAAACAGAUUGGCAAGGGUCUCGCCUGCGAAAGACGAGCGACGUGCCGAGCGUGGCGAUGAAGACGAGGUGUUGUCGUCGGUCAUGGUGGGCGUAGUUUGGCGUGCGACUUGGCGGUGUAUCAAGGACGUAUCGGCUUCCGAUGCAAGUGUGGUGUUUUGGACUGGGUGGCACUAAGGCCAACGACAGUCCGCGUGGUUGUUCGCGAUGCUAGUCGUAGCGCGCUCUUAUCACGGUCGUUCCUUCCCAGUUCGUUGGAAGCCAGGAGGUGUUGUGAGUUCGAAACGCAGUCUCGCAGAUCGUCAGGAGCUGGGCUGGUGUGGUAUGAGUGCGUCACCAAGCGUCUCCAGCGCGUGUCGGCACCGAUGUUCGAUGGAUAUUCUUUCCUUCGUCGUGAGCCAAUUCGGGUCCAAUCUAGGCAGUACAGCCGAAGCAGAGAGAUUGCGGGGAAGGACCCUGUCCAGCAUGUGAUUGGUCUACAUGCGGGUCCAUCUGCUAUCAAGCUUCCAGCUCCUGUGGUGCUUGACCUCUGGAGAGCGAUACGCAGUUACACCGACAUGCUUGCGAAGCUGCCGAAGCCGCUUGGGCACUUCUGCCGGCAUGGCAUUAUGCACACCACGAGAAAGCUCGAGGACCGUCCUGGCUGCGACCUACGUACCGACAGACAACGCGAUGCAUCUCGUGAUAAUACCUCCAAGAACGUCUGA